AAAUCCCUUCUCGUUUAGUAAGCUCAACAGAUGAAAGUCACUGAUACGUAAACGAUGCUUUCAGAGAGACCGAACUAGUUUUUGAAUUUGGUUGGAUUCAGGAGCUGAGAGAUUUUCUUCUGCCCCAGUACAAGACUUUCUUUACCCUGUAAUAUGCAAUUUGUUUUCAAGAAGACGCGAGAAAGCUGCAGAACUUUCACCAAGUAUAUUGAAAUCUAGUUGGUUGACCAGCAUAAUAGAAAUUAUUCCUCUCCUGAGAGAUUCGUUUCUGGUUGUGCUUGCUUGAAUUAAGUUGAUAGAAGUUUGUGAUUGUAGGUGAGAUGUUGCAUACCUCUUUGUAAUCCUUGUUAAUCCUCAUUGUGAGGAGGAAAAUGAGUCACACAAUUAUCUCUCAGAACUCCGCGGUUCAGUCCUAUUUGCAUAAAUUGCAUUCACAUUCUAACAAAAUGGACCUGAGUCCUGGUAUUUGCCACUCUUCCUUGAUGACAUCAGCAAUUCACUUCAGUUGUUCUAUCACGGGUAAUUGCAAAACUCAUUCCUGUCUCCAGUGGAGGGGACAUAUUGGUCGCCAAAAAAAUGCAGUUUUGUUGACUUGUAGAGGCCAGCAGAGAGGUGUUUGCCUUGAUAGAAUAAAUCACCAUGACCAAGAGGAACGGAGCUCGGGUAAAUACGAAAUGGGUGUUGAGAAGAAACAGGGAGAGAAAAUGUCCUUCAGAAGACAUCAUAAAUCGUCAUUAGAUGGACCCUUUGUUGAAAAUGAUGAUGAAACCAAUAAUGAAAUUCUACAAAGAUUUUGCAGUUUUGGGAAGUUAGUUGAUGCAUCAAAGUUGAUAGAAGUGAUGGUGCGUCGAAACCAAAUUCCCCACUUCCUUUCUUGCAUAAACUUAAUCCGGGGCCUUGUCAAUCUUGACCGGAUAGACAAAGCUGCCAGAGUCCUAACAGUAAUGGUUAUGUCCGGUGGUGUUCCAGAUAUUAUCACAUACAACAUGUUAAUUGGUGGUUUGUGUAAGAAAGGGCAAAUAAGAUCUGCAAUUGAUGUCCUAGAAGGCAUGAGCUUAAGUGGUUGCCCCCCAGAUGUGAUUACUUAUAACUCAAUAUUACGCAGCUUGUUUGAUAGCAAAAGGUUUGACAAGGCCAUAGAAUUUUGGAAGGAUCAAUUGAGAAAGGGAUGCCCUCCUUAUUUGGUGACUUAUACGAUUCUCAUCGAGCUAGUCUGCAAGCAUUGUGGGAUUGUACGGGCUAUAGAAGUAUUAGAAGAUUUGGCAAUUGAGGGGUGCUGCCCUGAUCUUGUGACCUACAAUUCGUUGGUAAACUUCACCUGCAGACAAGGAAAGUUUGGAGAUACAGCUUUGGUUAUAUAUAAUCUUCUAUCACGUGGGAUGGAGCCCAAUGCUAUAACCUACAACACUCUUCUUCAUUCUCUCUGUACACAGGGGUAUUGGGAUGAGGUAGACGAGAUCCUCUCUUUUAUGAAUGAAACUUCCCAAUUUCCUACUGUUGUUACUUACAAUAUUUUGAUCAAUGGCUUGUGUAAGUAUGGCCUUCUGGAUCGUGCCAUCGACUUCUUUAUUCAAAUGGUUUCCCGAAACCAUUCCCCCGACAUAAUCACUUAUAACACCCUCCUACGUGCUCUUUGUAAAGAGGGGAUGUUAGAUGAAGCCCUUCAAAUUCUUCACUGUUUAUGUGAUUCGAACUGCUCUCCUAGUUUGGUCACAUACAAUAUUGUGAUUGAUGGAUUGGCAAAAAUGGGUUAUAUGGAAAAGGCGAUGGCACUGUAUGAUCUUAUGACAGAGCGUGGCAUUAUCCCAGAUGAUAUUACCCAUCGUUGUUUGACUUGGGGAUUCUGUCGGGCGGAUCUAGUUGAAGAAGCAGUGGAAAUAUUGAAGGUGAUGGCUAAGAGAAACCACAGGAUCAGAAAUAGUGCUUACAGAUUGAUAAUCCACGGGUUAUGUAAAAACAAGAAGGUGGAUAUUGCAAUACAAGUCUUAGAAAUGAUGGUUUCAAGUCAAUGCAGACCUGAUGAGACGGUCUAUUCCACCAUAAUUGAAGGAGUAGCUGCUACUGGCAUGACUGAAGAGGCUACAGAAUUACGUAGAAAAUUGAGUGAAUGGAAUGUUUUUAAAGGAGAAACCAAGUUAGAUUAAUAGAUUAUAUGCAGAACUCUGAUCCUUAUCAACAAUUGCAAGGCACAUCAUCAGCCGGAUUUCACUUCCAAGUUGUACAGGAUAUGUCAAUUCAGAUCCUUGUACAGUUUCUCUGUCAUUACUUACGGUGCUUGGGAAUCUUUUGGGAUCCAUCGAAUCAUUACCGUCUGUAGACUGACGAAGGCCGCUGCUUGGGAAUGGUCACUUUUUUAGACACAGGAUAAGAGAGGUUCAAAAGUUUUUUUGUAGUUUCUAUUAGUAUUUUUACAUUUUUAGGAAAAAAACAUGGAAAUGAAUAUUUUAGUUGGUAAACUCUUUUCCUUAGAAGAGGUGCCAUCAGUGUUUUUGCAGAUUCUAAUGUUGAAAAGUUUUGAUAUAUAUAUACACAUGUAUGUUCGAAAUAACUCACUGCUCGUGUGCUGAAAUUGAAUAUUCAAUAGUUGUCAUGCC